CUGCACUUUCUGCAACUUUUCCAUUUUCUAUAACCUCUCUCUCCUCUUCUUUACCCUAAAUCCUCUAUACAAAUUUGUAAAUCCACAAGUGAAUUGGAUCAUAUUGUUAGUCUUUCCGAUUUACCGGUGAAGAUGAAGAUAAAUUAGGGCUCAAAUUGAAGCUUAAAGUUGGAUGCAGAGAUGUCUGUUGCAGAGCUAAAAGAGAGGCACACGGCUGCUACAGAAACUCUGAAUUCUCUCAAGGAACGAUUGAGAGAACGACGACUUCAGCUUCUCGAUACAGACGUGGCGAGUUAUGCAAGAGCGCAAGGUAAGACUGCGGUUGCUCUCGGCCCAACGGAUCUGGUUUGUUGUCGGAUUUUACAGGGACAUACCGGCAAGGUGUAUUCACUCGACUGGACUCCCGAAAAGAAUCGUAUAGUAAGUGCAUCCCAAGAUGGAAGGUUAAUAGUUUGGAAUGCUCUGACAAGUCAAAAAACCCAUGCCAUUAAACUCCCAUGUGCAUGGGUAAUGGCAUGUGCUUUUUCUCCAAAUGGACAAUCAGUUGCAUGUGGUGGACUUGAUAGUGUAUGCUCCAUCUUCAAUCUCAACUCACCACUUGACAAAGAUGGUAAUAUACCAGUAUCAAGAAUGCUUAGUGGACACAAGGGUUACGUUUCCUCAUGUCAGUAUGUUCCAGAUGAUGAUACUCGUUUAAUAACCGGUUCUGGUGAUCAGACAUGUGUAUUAUGGGAUAUAACUACUGGAUUAAGAACUUCUGUGUUUGGAGGAGAGUUUCAAUCAGGACAUACCGCUGAUGUUGUCAGUGUAUCGAUCAACGGGUCAAACUCAAGAAUGUUUGUUUCGGGUUCUUGUGAUGCAACUGCCCGACUUUGGGACACUCGGGUAGCAAGCCGGGCAGUUAGAACAUUUCAGGGGCACCAAGGGGAUGUUAAUUCGGUGAAGUUUUUCCCAGAUGGAAAUCGGUUUGGAACUGGAUCAGAUGAUGGAACUUGUAGACUUUUUGACAUUAGAACUGGACACCAGCUUCAAGUCUACACUCACCCACAACAAGAUCAUAAUAACACACCUGAUGUCACCUCCAUUGCAUUCUCCAUAUCAGGUCGUCUGCUCUUUGCUAGCUACUCUAAUGGUGAUUGCUUCGUAUGGGAUACUCUUUUGGCUGAGGUGGUUUUAAAUCUUGGAACACUUCAGAACUCACAUGAGGCACGUGUCAGCUGUUUGGGUUUGGCUGCUGAUGGGAGUGCAUUGUGCACAGGAAGUUGGGAUACCAGUCUUAAGAUUUGGGCUUUUGGUGGGCACAGGACAGUGAUUUGAUCUGAGUGAAUAAUGGUGGUAAUUUUGAUUUGUGUAUUUUACUCUCAUGUACCUGUUUUAUGUUUUAUUUAAGGGACCAUGUGGAAAUUGGAAUGAAACAUAAACUAGUUGGGUCGGGUAUGGGUAUGGGUAGAACAAACACAUAGUAAAUAGUUUUAUCUGAUUUUGGUUUACAAAUUGAAAUUAAAUUGUGUUGUGGUACUGGUCCAUAUGUUACAAGUGGCACAAGUAUUUCUUCGAAUAUUGUGAUCCUAUUUACAGGGAAGAUUUGCAUGAAAUGAAAGUGUGACCAUUUUACCCU